AGAUGAAUCACCAUUAAAUCAUGUAUUGCUCGGCAGAGGAUUUGUCGUGAGGUGUAUGUCAGGGAAGGGUUGAGGCACAAGGCCAUCCUUGCCCUCUAUGGAAUAACUGCAGGUUUUGGAAUCAUCCCGGGCCCAUCCUUUGUAUACCCAUGGAUGGCAGGCGGUUCGUUACGCGACUACCUGAAACAAGAGCACUCCGUUUUAUCUGCACAUCAGAAGCUGGAUAUUCUACUAGAGGUGGCGCAUGGUAUCGAAUAUUUACACAAGCAGGACGUUGCACAUGGCAAUUUAACGGGUGAUAACGUUUUCAUUGACGGUUCAGGCCGUCUCCCGGGAGAUGCAAGGUACACUGCACUCGAGUCUAUUUUCACGGGUGGCGGGACAAGAGCACCAAAGCCGACGAAAGAAGGAGAUGUGUACUCAUAUGGUUGCGUCGCAAUUCUGGUAUGUUAUACGGCUCAUCUACUUUUGCAUUUUACACCGCUAUUCCCUAGGUAUUGUCGGGAAAGGUGCCGUACUGGUGGAUUUGGGAAGAGAACCAAGUACUUGCAGAAAAAGAAAAGGGUACAUCACCUUUUCAUCGUACUGCUGAGAUUGAUGAAGCGCACCUGAACUUGGUGCAACAAUGUUUGUCGGCGGUGAAAUCCCGUCCUUCAAUUGAGAAGGUUCUCUACUUAGUUUUAGUCCAAAGUUUCGGUGCUGCUGAUCUGACGACCUCGGUCAAACGACUCGAUAAUGUUCACCAGAACGCUGGAGGAUUUGCAAAUGUUCAUAGGUGCAGGCUCUCUCUAAGAGGCAUCGAUGCCGUUCAACCAGUGGUUUUCCGCUACCAGUCUUCUUCCA